CUAUACACACGCUAUCAGCUGGGGUGAAUAGGGCACUCGCAAAAUGGAAGUCUACAUGAUAGUGAUCUCUCUCGCGAUCCUUCUAUUAUAUAAUGACGCCAUGGCCCAACUCGUAGGAAAUGGUUUGACGUUUACGGUCACCCCUUCGGAGGUCACCAUGUGUGGCGACCCCAAGAUCAGUCAAGUGGAUUUCGACUGCAACGUAACCGCCUCCGUCUCGGACGUUUACAGCAUGGAACUGGGAUGGAAGACUUCGGGGGGCGGAAACAGCCCUAUAGCGAGGAUUGUUGGUAACCAGUACUACUCUCUCAUCGUAGUGGACAGUCGUCUAUCAUCCAGGUUAACGCAGACCCACUGGGGGAAAGGUCGUCUCGCAGUCAGACUUACGAACCCACAGACCGCGGAUCUGCACAACUAUUACUGCAGUUCCGCCUAUAUGUCGGCGGCUUUGAGUUACAGUGAGGUCGUGGUCAACGUCCAUGAUAAGACCUUGAGGACACAGGUUCCAGACUGCACUGAAAGAAACAUAGACGGGGCGGUCACUCACAAGGCUUCGACAAGCCAUCCUGGUGCCAGCAAAUGUCCGGAUGGAGGAUCCGACAGGCCCGAGGCUCUCGUCCUCAGUUACUGCAGCGUCCCGGAAGUAGACGAAUGGCACCCUGGUCCCAGGGUGGUUGACAUAUGCUGCAUGGUGCCGCCCUACACCCCCGUUGCCACCUUCGUGUUUGGGAUCUACGUGGAGGACGAACAUGGUAUCUCUGGUGUCUUCCUAGGCUGCACAGAUGAUGGGUUUUCGAUGGCGCUGCAGCUAUGUGGACAUCCACCUCUUGUUGUUAACCUCACAAAGUCCAGCGGUAAUGGGUUCGUGGAGGAUGCGAACAACUACCACGUAUUGCAGGUUGCAGGCUCGCCCAUCAUCGGAUGACGGGAGCAUCGUACCGUCCAAUAAACUCAAAUAACCGUGA